AUGCCAAAAAUAACUAUAUUUUCAGGUGGUACAGCUACAAAUGAAUUAACACCUAUUUUCACAAAUUUAUCAAAUUGUAAUAAUACAUCAUAUGUAAUACCAAUAUCAGAUAAUGGAGGAUCAACAGCAGAAAUAAUAAGAGUUAUUGGAGGACCAGCUAUAGGAGAUAUAAGAUCAAGAUUAACCAGAUUAAUUCCAAAUCAUCAAGAAUAUAUUCGAGAAUUAUUAAGUUUUAGAUUAUCACUGGAUCCCUCAUUAGCUAAACAACAAUGGAAUUCAAUAGUUGAAGGUAAUUCUGAAUUAUGGAAUAGUUUUAAUUCAAGUACUAAAGAAAUUUUUAGAAGUUUUUUUGUACAUUUACAUGUUGAAUUACUCAAGAGGUCAAGAAUUAAUUUAUCAACUAAGAGGCAAUUUAGAUAUGAAUUAGCUAACGUGGGGAAUUUAUUUCUUACUGGUGCAAGAUUAUUUAUUGGAUCAUUAGAUUCAGCAAUAGAAUUAUUUUGUAAAUUAACUGAUAUAAAUUCAAAUAUUCAAGUUUUACCAUGUAUUAAUACAAAUUUUACUUAUCAUAUUAGUGCAUUAUUACAAAAUGGAUUAAUUAUAACUGGUCAAUCACAAAUUUCACAUCCUUCUGAACCUCAAGUAGAAAAUCAUCCACCACCUAUAAAUAAAACUAGACCACCCACUCCUAAUGAUGAUUUAUCAAGGACCAAUUAUUUUAUGGAUUCUGAUAUUCAAAACGUUGUAAUAAAUGAAGUUGAAAUGAAUAAAAAACUACGUAAUAAAAAAAGUUUGGAACUAAUAAAUAAUUUAAGUGUAUCUGAUGAUUCAGAUGGUGAAGAAUCAGGUAAUAUCCCACAAUAUAUUCAUCCAGAAUUGAAAAAAUCACAAUUACAUUUCAAUAAAUCAAAUGAUAUAGAACCUUUAUUAUCACCAAUAAAAAGAAUCUUUUAUAUAUCACCAUAUGGAGAAGAAAUAUGUCCUACUGCAAAUUCAAGAGUAAUAUCAACUAUAUCAAACACAGACACUUUAAUAUAUUCAAUAGGUUCAUUAAUGACAAGUAUAGUACCUAUUUUAGUAUUAAAGGGAAUAGGUAAAGCAAUAACAACAAGUAAAUGUAAAAACAAAAUUCUUUUAUUAAAUGGAUGUUUAGAUCGUGAAACUUUUGGAAUGACAGCUUAUGAUUUUAUUAAAGUUAUAAUUGAAUCUACUGAAUAUUCAUUAAAGAAUCAAAAUGGGGGAAACAACAUACACAUACCUUGGAAUCAAGUUAUUACUCACUUAUUUUAUAUGAAAAAUCCAAAAAUUGAAAUUAAUCAUGAUGCAUUAUAUGAGAAAGGUAUACGAUUAGUUGAAGUUGAUAGAGCUGAUGGUGGGGAUUUUUUUGAUUUGGGGGAUUUAGAAAAUAAAUUGAGUCAAAUUAUUUCAUAG